CGGUAACUAAGGGCAACUCUGGGCUUCCGGAUGUGACGUCCACGUUCUAGACCCCGUUCUUCCGUCACUCGACGGAACCUCUGGGCUCCGGGAUUCAGUAGUUGUGUACGUGGAAGAAGGUGGCGCAUGCGCAGACCGCCCCUCCGCCUCGGCUGUGCGGGAAGGGCUGAGAGGGUCAGGUCCCUGGCGCGGGGGAGACGGUCCCGUCAUGGACCCCCGCUGACAGCCCGCCGACGGGACAAGGAGGUGAGGGCGUCUGCUGCACCCCUCCCCGGGCUUGAGCCCGGGCGGCCUGGCCCCUUGGCCUUCUUCCUCGGAGCUGCCGCCGUCUAUGCGGCUGAGGAGGGGAGAUGAGCUGGUUCAACGCCUCCCAGCUUUCCAGCUUCGCCAAACAGGCGCUGUCCCAGGCCCAGAAGUCCAUCGACAGGGUGCUGGACAUCCAGGAAGAGGAGCCGAGCGCCUGGACCGACACCAUUCCUUACGGAGAGCCGGGAAUAAGUUCCUCUGUUAGUGGAGGAUGGGAUACUUCAGCUUGGGGCUUAAAAUCAAGCACUGAACCUCAGAGUCCACCGAUAGCGUCUCCUAAAGCAAUUACAAAGCCAGUUCGGAGGACUGUGGUGGAUGAAUCUGAAAAUUUCUUCAGUGCCUUUCUCUCUCCAACAGAUGUCCAGACCAUUCAGAAGAGUCCAGUGGUAUCAAAACCUCCAACUAAAUCACAACGACCAGAAGAUGAAGUAAAAAGCACUUUACAGGAAUCCUUGCACACUGGACAGUCAAGAACAACUGAAUCAACAGAGACAAAAGUAAAAGACUCGUCUCCGUGUGCACCAGGGAAAACUCUGGCAGUAGAUACUCUGUCACCUAAAACUGAAGGCAAGCAUGAAGAAAUUGUUAACCAAGAAUCUGACAUGAAGGUGCCAGCUGAACAUCUGAAAGUAUCUGAAAGUGUAAUUAGUGUGAAAACAACUACAGAAAGCGGAUCUAACAUUUCCAUGCAGUCUCUCACAGCAGAAACAAAGGACGUGGCUUUGGAACCUAAGGAACAAAAACAUGAAGACAGACAGAGCAAUACACCUUCUCCUCCUGUUAGUACCUUCUCGUCCGGUACUUCUACCACUAGUGAUAUUGAAGUUUUAGAUCAUGAAAGUGUAAUAAGUGAGAGCUCAGCAAGUUCGAGACAAGAAACCACAGAUUCAAAAUCAAGUCUUCACUUGAUGCAGACGUCUUUUCAGCUUCUCUCUGCAUCUGCUUGUCCUGAAUAUAAUCGUUUAGAUGAUUUCCAAAAACUCAAUGAGAGUUGCGGCUCAUCUGAUGCGUUUGAAAGAAUAGACUCGUUUAGUGUACAGUCAUUAGAUAGCCGGAGUGUAAGCGAAAUCAACUCAGAUGAUGAAUUGUCAGGCAAGGGAUAUAGUUUAGUACCUAUUAUAGUUAAUUCUUCAACUCCAAAGACUAAGGUGAUUGAGUCUGUUGAUGCAGAAUCUGAAGAAGUAGUAAAUGAAACAGUGAUACCCAAUGAAGAAACGGAAAUGGAAGAAAGUGGACGAAGUGCAACUCCUGUUAACUGUGAACAGCCUGAUAUCUUGGUUUCUUCUACACCAAUAAAAGAAGGGCAUGCUGUCUUUGACAAGGAGGCUGAGCACAGCAAAGCUGCUGAAAGUCAGCCAGAAGCACUUUCUGAGAAGGAAGAUGUUUCCAAGACGGUUGAUUUUCUGAAUGAGAAACUGGAGAAAAGGGAGGCUCAGUUAUUAUCUCUUAGUAAAGAGAAAGCACUUCUGGAAGAAGCCUAUGAUAAUCUAAAAGAUGAAAUGUUCAGAGUGAAAGAAGAAAGCAGUAGCAUUUCUUCCUUGAAAGAUGAGUUUACUCAAAGAAUUGCAGAAGCAGAAAAGAAAGUCCAGCUAGCCUGCAAAGAGAGAGAUGCUGCUAAAAAGGAAAUGAAAAGUAUAAAAGAAGAACUUGCCACGAGGUUAAAUAGUAGUGAAACUGCAGAACUUUUGAAAGAGAAAGAUGAGCAGAUCCGAGGAUUAAUGGAAGAAGGAGAAAAACUUUCAAAACAGCAGCUGUAUAGUUCUAACAUCAUUAAGAAAUUAAGAGCUAAAGAUAAAGAAAAUGAAAAUAUCACUGUAAAGCUCAACAAAAAAGUUAAAGAGCUAGAAGAGGAAUUGCAGCAUUUAAAACAGGUCCUUGAUGGCAAAGAAGAGGUUGAGAAACAACAUAGAGAAAAUAUUAAAAAACUAAAUUCUGUGGUAGAACGUCAAGAGAAGGAUCUUGGCCGACUUCAGGUUGACAUGGAUGAACUUGAAGAAAAGAAUCGAAGUAUUCAGGCUGCCCUUGAUAGUGCAUACAAAGAACUUACUGAUCUUCACAAAGCCAAUGCUGCAAAGGAUAGUGAGGCACAGGAGUUUGCCCUGAGCCGUGAGAUGAAAGCUAAAGAAGAGCUUUCUGCAGCGCUAGAGAAGGCCCAAGAGGAAGCCCGUCAGCAGCAAGAAACAUUAGCGAUUCAAGUGGGGGACCUUAGGCUGGCGCUGCAACGUGCAGAGCAAGCAGCUGCCCGGAAAGAAGAUUAUUUACGCCAUGAGAUCAGUGAACUCCAGCAGAGACUACAGGAAGCAGAGAAUCGGAACCAAGAACUGAGUCAAAGUGUUUCAUCAACAACAAGACCAUUACUUCGACAGAUAGAAAAUUUGCAAGCAACUUUAGGGUCCCAGACGUCGUCGUGGGAGAAGUUAGAGAAGAAUCUUUCUGAUAGGCUUGGUGAAUCCCAGACCUUAUUGGCAGCAGCAGUUGAGCGAGAACGUGCAGCGACAGAAGAACUCCUUGCCAACAAAAUUCAGAUGUCUUCCUUGGAGUCACAGAACUCUCUCUUAAGACAAGAAAAUAGUAGAUUUCAGGCCCAGCUAGAAUCUGAGAAAAAUAAGCUGAGAAAACUGGAGGAUGAAAAUAAUCGGUGCCAGGUUGAAUUAGAAAACCUGAAAGAUGAAUAUGUAAGAACACUUGAAGAGACAAGGAAAGAAAAGACACUGUUGAAUAAUCAGUUAGAAAUGGAGAAAAUGAAAGUUGAACAAGAAAGGAAGAAAGCAAUUUUCACUCAAGAAGCAAUGAAAGAAAAGGAACGCAAGCCAUUUUCUGUUUCUAGUACUCCCACGGUUUCACGCUCGAGUUCAAUAAGUGGAAUUGAUAUGGCAGGGCUACAAACGUCUUUUCUGUCUCAGGAUGAGCCUCAUGAUCACUCAUUUGGACCAAUGUCUGCAUCAGCAAAUGGAAGCAAUCUUUAUGAUGCUGUAAGGAUGGGAGCAGGAUCCAGCAUUAUUGAGAAUUUACAGUCUCAGCUAAAGCUAAGGGAAGGAGAAAUUACUCAUUUGCAGCUAGAAAUUGGCAAUCUGGAAAAAACCCGAUCAAUAAUGGCUGAAGAGCUAGUUAAAUUAACACAUCAAAAUGAUGAACUUGAAGAGAAAGUGAAGGAGAUACCCAAACUUCGAACUCAGCUAAGAGAUUUGGAUCAAAGAUACAACACUAUUCUGCAGAUGUAUGGAGAAAAAGCAGAAGAGGCAGAAGAGCUUCGACUAGAUCUUGAAGAUGUGAAAAAUAUGUAUAAGACUCAAAUAGAUGAACUUCUAAGACAAAGGCUCAGUUAACUUCUGAAAAUUGCAUUCCCAUCAAACUGAAUGUAAGCAUGUAAUAUCUAAAUGAAGACUUCCAAUAAAUUCUUUUAAAGAAUUACAAAAUGAGAUUCACUGUAGAGUUCAGGAAGUGAAAGAUGACUUUUACAGUGUGCAGUACUAUUUGCAGUUAAAUUAUUUUGUGCAAUAUUUGAACUUUAUUUUUGAAACUCUUCUUUAAAGAUUAAUUCUUUAAAGCAUCCAUUUUAUUUUGCUUUGUAUAGCACAGAGAUUUAUUACUUUAUCCUCAUAUCAAUCUGGUUAUGGAAGGAGAGUGGUGGUGUUCAUAUAUGUAUAGUAGAAAUAUAUAAUUUAUAUGUGUAUGUAUAUAUUGAGAACAUUUAAAGAGCAAUGUUAACAUUGAAACUUUGGAAUCUUUUACACUUACAUCUUCAACAUGUUGAAUGAAAAUGUACAGUAAAUGUUCAAGUAAAAAGUUACCUGCCAUUAUUAAAUUUUGAACUAAAUUUUUUUUAUUGUAGAAGUCAUACACUGUCUGAAAUUUAAAGGCUGAAUAAUUGAAAUAUUUUUUACUUUUUGGUUUGGAAGUUUUCUAAAUUUCAUGUUCUCAGCCAGAAAUUGGUGUAGUACUUAGUACAUGAACUCACUUUACUCAGCUUCUACGAGUAAGUCUGAACAAAUGUCCUUUUUGUUACCUGUCAGGAGAAAGCUGCAGCUAUUCGAACUUAUUUAGGCAUACUUGGAUGGUGGAAACAUUUUACUUAAUAAUGAUUUUGUGAUGGGAUCAGUAACAUUUAAGUGAUUUUGAAGAGGUGUUGAUUUACUGCCCUAUAAAAUUAAUAAAAAAUUCAUUGCCAUUGAGUUGAUUCCGACUCAUAGCGAUCCUACAUAGACAGGGUACAAAUGCCCCAUAGGGUGUCCAAGGAGCAGCUUUUGAAUUUGAACUCCUGACCUUUUGGUUAGCAGCCUGAGCUUUUAACCACUGUGCCACCAGGGCUCCAAAAUUAGUAAAAAGCAUGUAAUUAUUAACACAGUUUCUUACAUUUUGUAAAGCCAUGUCUUUGGCACAUUAAAAAACUGACUGAUAUUCCAGAAUAUUAGAAUAUAAGAUAGUUACAGUAGUUAAUUUAAAUUUGGCAUUCUGCAAUUCUGUAUAAUUUACCUUUUUUUUUCCUUGACACUUAAACACAAAAAUAGAAUGGCAUAGCUUUAAAAAAUAGGUAUGCCGUCUUCCAAAUGUUAGUUUGUUCAGAAUUUAACCAGUCUGUGUUUUAGCCCUGUGUUAAAUAUCUUAAUAAUUUUAUUACUAAAAGUCAGUUAACUGCCUUUACUUACAAAUAAAAAUUCCCAUUAAAUUUUGUAUUUUGGAGUGUAACUAAAUGUAAGCCAUGUUGAAGAAUUUUGGAGAGCUUCCAGGGGAACUGGAGCGACCUCAUUUUCUCUCUUUUUGUAUUCCAGAUAGCAUUUCUGUCAUUAGAUCUCUGAUUUGUAGCAUCAGUAAAUAUUCUUUGAGUGUGAGCCGGAUUCAUAAAAUUAAUUUUCUGUAUUUUAGUGGUAAAAAGCACAAAUAUCUUUUUGUCAGCUUGGUUUUUUUUCCUAAGUAUUCAGGGGCAGAAUGUCAAAACUGAUAGCAAUAAGAAAUGUACAGAAUUAGAAAAUAGAGGACACUUAAACUGAAGAAUUCUGUCAAGCAUUUGAAACUAUGAGUUUAGGAAUUUUGAAAUUGUUCUUUUAAAAUAUCCAACAGUGAACCAAAACCAAAAACAAGAAGCCUUCAGGUUGCAAGAAAGGAUUUAAAUAAAACUCUUUCCUAUACCUUAUAAUUUCAUAAUAUUAAACAAUUUAUUUUUUCUUAAUCCUUCUUACAAUAAAAUUGAUUUAAUAAAAUUUUAGUUUCCAGUUUAUUUAAUUUAAAAAAUAAUAAACAGCUAUUUAAAUUUCUUUAUCAUACAUUACUCUUUAUUCACAAAUUAACAGCUGAUAUUCCUGCUGAGCUUAUUUUGACUACUGUGAAUUUAGUUAAAUCACUUGAUACAUUGAUAAAUUCAGGUGUACUGAAUCAGUUUCUUGAAAAAAACUGCUAAGUGGCAGAAUACCUGUUGAACAUUGGUUGCUGUAUUUUGCUGUUGUCAUUAAAAAUGCCUUAUCCAUUUUCUAGUAAAAGAAUACGUAUAUUUUAUGAAUAAGAAAGUAGUUUGCCGUUAAAUAUCUCAAUUCUUGGAAGAAAACAUGAAGAUGUAACAAUUUCAAAAAUACAAAAAAGUAGAAGAGGUGUGAAUGGUGACAUUUGGAGAUAAAGACAAGCACAGAUCGCAGAGGUCUUUCCAACCCUUUGGAGGCUAAACCUAGACUACUGUUCCUUUGCCUCUUUUUUGAGAACUUCCAGUUGUACGGUGUUUUUAGCAUGUGGAAUGUACGAAAAUAUCUACGUGUGUUGUGAUUUAGGAGAUUCUAAAUAUGGAUAAUCUGACCUCGGGAAACAUGAGCUUUUGUAGUUAAGUAAAUGAAAAGACUCUUCAGGAAAAAGUGUUUUCUCAUGAUCCUCAAAUGAUUUAUUUAAUAAUUGAAAAUUUAUUCAAAUGUUGAUUAAGAGUACAUGAUUUAUAGUAUUUAGGAAAUAGCCACAAGAAAAAGGAGGAAAUGACUGUAGAUGUUUUACUCUCUGUUGAGUUUGUAUACAUUUAUGUUCUCAUAUACUAUAAUUUUUCAUUAAAAACUAAUUUCCCCCAUUCUAGGUCAGUUUGAAAGUAUAACAACUUUAAUUACAUAUUUUGUAAAGGGCUAAAAGUAUGAUUUAAACUACAGAUUGAUACUAUAAUAUUUUAGUUCUAAAUGAAAGAGAAUGUAAACAAUAAGCACGGAUCUGAUUUGAAUAAAGAUUUUAAAAUAGUAAUAAUGUAUUUCAUUUUUAACACAAGUUAGAGUCAUCAGUACCAAUGAAAGAAGUAAUACUGUUUUAUGAAGAUAACUUUGGAUUUCUUAUUUUAAGAAAGUGAGGAUAAACCCAAAUUUAUGAGUUAUAUUGUUAAGAAUAUAUUAGUCAUUCAGCAUAGUUUUUCUAAUGAAGAUAUAUUUUUGGAAAACUAUACUAAGAAUUUACUUAUUGUAACUGCUAAUGUCUGUAAGGAUGAUUUGUAUAUUUUUAAUCUUUAGUAUUGAGACAUCCUUCUAACAUUUCUGUAUUCAAAUAACAGAUAAAAUAAGUUAUCCUCUACUCCUGAGUUCAUGUUGCUUGUAUUAUUAAAAUCUGCAACUUUGAUCCUUUAAAGUACUUUCUAACAUAUAGCUUUUACACAUAGCCAGUUCUAGCAUUUAACAAAUCAAGUCCUUUUACAAGAUAGAAACUAAAUGUAUCUUCUUGAUAACUUACUUUUUUUUAUAAUAAUAAAAAAAAUCAAAUACUUUAGUAAUCCACAGUUGUGAUGCAGAUAAUUUACUUAGAACUGUGCAGAAUUUAUUCCUUCACUGCCCCAACAAGUAAGCUCAAUUUAGUAUUUAGAAUCCUCAAAUAAUACUAAGGGCUAAUGGGAGGUUUUCUGUUUGCUUAAUAUUAAACUCUUUUCUUGCCUUUACAGGUAGCAGUGGGCAGAACAUGGUAGAUAGAGGAGUUCUUUUCAGUUUUAUUCAAUGCCAUGCCCAUUUGCCUCUUUAGAAACUAUAGUUUUUAAAAAUCUGUUUGUGUGGUCGUGUUGAUGAUAAGAAACAGUGCUUAGUUUGUCCUAGGCACCGUGUAAGGACUUCAUCUAUAUAGAUCACAAUCCCUUAUUCUCUAUUCUGAAAUCUGGAAAACUCUGAAAACCAGAUUUUUUAAAAUAAGUUUGCUGUCAAAACUACUUAGUAGUAAAACCUGACUUGAGCUGACAUGGGGCUAUUUGUUGUCUUUAUUUACCUCACGUGUGAAAACUCAUACAUUUUGCUGCAGAAAUACUGUGUUAAGUUAUGGGGUGCUGACCCAGGGCUCUAUAGGAUACUAAAUAGUACGCAUAUCCUAUAAAAAAAAUUCUGCAACACAUCUGGCCCCAAGGAUUUUUGGAAAAGGGAUUGUGGACCUGCAUUUUAUAAUGAAAACAACUUUUUAAGGGUGAUUCCAUUAUUAUCUCGAUUUUAAAAAAGAAGAAAAGUAACUUGCUCAAGGUCAUAUGAUACCUUGCUUUUUUCACUCAAUAACAUAUCCUGCAAUAUAUAAAGA